AUGCGCGAGCUCGUCCACGUUCAGGCUGGUCAGUGUGGCAAUCAGAUCGGCGCCAAGUUCUGGGAAGUCAUCUCCGACGAGCAUGGCAUCGACCCUACGGGUACCUACCACGGUGAUUCUGACCUCCAGCUUGAGCGCAUCAACGUCUAUUAUAACGAGGCUACUGGCGGGCGAUAUGUGCCUCGCGCUGUCCUUAUGGAUCUUGAGCCAGGCACUAUGGAUUCUGUCCGAGCCGGCCCCUUUGGGCAAUUAUUUCGCCCUGAUAAUUUCGUAUUUGGUCAGAGUGGCGCUGGCAAUAACUGGGCUAAAGGCCACUACACUGAGGGCGCUGAGUUGAUCGAUUCUGUUCUCGAUGUUGUGAGGAAGGAAGCGGAGGGUUGUGAUUGCUUGCAAGGCUUCCAGAUAUGUCACUCGAUGGGAGGUGGCACUGGUUCCGGCAUGGGCACUUUGCUGAUCUCCAAGAUCCGUGAGGAAUAUCCUGACCGCAUUAUGGAGACAUUUUCAGUGUUCCCCUCCCCUAAAGUGUCCGACACCGUUGUCGAGCCUUACAACGCCACUUUAUCGGUCCAUCAAUUGGUCGAGAAUGCUGAUGAAGUUAUGGUUAUGGACAACGAGGCGUUGUACGAUAUUUGCUUCCGUACUCUGAAGCUCACUACGCCGACUUAUGGUGAUCUCAACCAUUUAGUGUCCGCUGCUAUGUCGGGCGUUACUACUUGUCUGCGCUUCCCGGGUCAGCUCAACGCUGAUCUGCGCAAACUAGCUGUGAAUAUGAUUCCCUUUCCUCGUUUGCACUUUUUUAUGACUGGUUUUGCCCCCCUCACCUCGAGGGGCUCUCAGCAGUAUCGAGCUUUGACCGUCCUGAGUUGA